CACCAAACCAACAACACAAUCACAACCACAAUCUCAGCGGCACCAUAGCUUAAACCCUAUGACACGCACACAACCCUCCAAACGACAAUCUCCGCCAUCAUGAGCGGCAGGCUCGCGUACACACGUCUGGCCACGCUCGCACGCCGAACACCCAUUCACACGCCACGUCUCUACACAACGAGCUCGCUACCCGCCGGUGGUCUCUUGCGUAACGAAGCCGGCCUCCGUCUCAUAAAGCGCCGACCAUGGCCCCUCGGGACCUACGCACUGCAUAAUCUCCCCGCUACCCGUUCAAUCUCGUUUGCACGAGCCAUACCAAAACUCGUUACCAAAUUCGCGACCGUGGGGGCGGCUGCAGGAGGAGCUGUCAUUGCGGGCGUGAGCUACAUCCAGUACCAGGCUGGACAGGCGGGUAGCUUUGCACUCGACCUUUUCUACCGGACGAAAGAUGGCGCGACUGACAUCGCUGGCGGGGCCCUGGGCACCGUGAACGGCGUCUUCGACCAGAUCUCGAGCGGGUGGGGCAAGACAAAGAACGACUUGGACAAGGUGGAAUACCCGGAAUGGCUGCAGAAACUGCUUGCCAGAGACGAGUCGGAUGGUGCAGGAGGGAAUGGCGGCGGUCGAGGGCCAAGAGAGCCCAAGCGCAGCGGGGCGGGUGUAGCUGCCGGAGCAGCAGCGUUUGGAUACUCGCAGGAAGAUGACGAGGACAGGCACGUGGCUGAGAAGAUUGCACGCGACGAGCAGAUGAUGAUGCUCACCAAGAAGAUGAUCGAGAUACGCGGGUUGCUGCAGACUGUGGGGCAGUCAGAGUCGCUUUCGCUGCCGUCUAUCGUGGUCAUCGGAUCACAGUCCUCGGGGAAGAGCUCAGUGCUGGAGGCUAUCGUUGGACACGAGUUCCUGCCCAAGGGACACAACAUGGUCACUCGUCGACCGAUCGAACUAACCCUCGUCAACACCCCGGACGCGCAUGCAGAGUACGGAGAGUUCCCUGCGUUGGGACUUGGGAAGGUCACAGAUUUCAGCCAGAUACAGAAGACAUUGACGGAUCUGAAUCUCGCAGUCCCAGCAUCCGCCUGUGUAUCCGACGACCCCAUCCAGCUACGCAUCUACUCGCCCAAUGUCCCAGAUCUGUCGUUGAUCGAUCUGCCCGGCUACAUCCAGGUUACUGGACGAGAUCAACCCCCAGAGCUCAAAGAGAGGAUCAAUGAGCUGUGUGAAAAGUACAUCAGAGCGCCGAACGUCAUCCUCGCCAUCUCCGCGGCAGACGUUGAUCUUGCUAACAGCACCGCGCUGCGAGCUUCGCGAAAGAUGGACCCUCGAGGCGAGCGAACGAUAGGCGUAAUUACCAAGAUGGACCUUGUCGACGCCGAACGAGGGGCUAGCCUACUCAGCGACAAAAAGUACGCUCUCCGAUUAGGCUAUGUUGGUGUAGUUUGCCGUGCACCCCCCAACGCAACGGGCCCAAAACUCUUCAACCGCGGAAACGGCAAUAUCACGACCGCUAUUGUGAAGAAUGAGGCAGCUUACUUUUCUGCACAUCCUGAGUUUGGGCCAGACUCGCAAUUGAAUGUGGGCACCAGGAACUUGAAGAAGACACUCAUGCAUGUUCUUGAACAGACCAUGGCGAGCAGCCUGAAAACGACGUCCGUGGCGAUUCAAAGAGAGCUGGCUGAAGCGACAUACGAGUACAAGGUGCAAUACAACGAGCGACCUCUGAGUGCAGAAUCAUACCUUGCCGAAUCUCUCGAUGCGUUCAAACACUCCUUCCGUGGCUUCUCAGAUCAAUUCGGCCGCCAGCAGGUGCGCGAUCUGCUCAAGCACGAACUCGAUCAGCAAGUCUUGAAUCUGUUGGCGCAACGGUACUGGAACCGUCCUUUUGACGAUCUGAGUGUGCCAUUCCCCGAGACAGAUCCGUUGGAGGGCCUACCCAAGGCUGAUGUGGAGAAGGAUGAGAUCUGGAAGAUUAAGCUCGAUAGCUCGAGCGCUGCACUGACGAAACUUGGUGUCGGACGACUAGCUACAAGCGUUGUUGCGGAUGCUCUCCAGACACAUAUCUCUCAUCUCAUCUCAAACUCGAGGUUCGCAGCCCAUCCUUUCGCCCGCCAGGCCAUCACCGACGCAUCUACCUCGAUACUCAAGGAUCUGUCAUAUGACAUCAGCGACGAGCUGGAGAUCUGCAUCAAGCCAUACAAAUAUCGUAUUGAAGUCGAAGACCACGAGUGGGCCAAGGGACGCGAUAAUGUAAGCAAGGUACUGAAAGACGAACUCAAGGUCGUCGAGACUGCAGCGAAGGGUCUUGAAGAGCAGAUGGGCGGACGCAAGAAGGUCAAAGACGUCAUGUCUUUCAUCGAUCGCGUGCGGGGCGGACAGGUUGUGCUGGAAGGUGAUGGCGUCGGCGGAGCCGGAGGAUACAGCUCAGCGCUAUUGAACAAGGGAAGAGAAGCAGUCUUCCUCCGCGACCGCAUCUCUGUUCUUCAACUGCGUCUUCUCGCGCUGAAAUCCAAACAAUGCGCCACGCAAAAGAACAAAUAUCACUGCCCGGAGAUCUUCCUCGAUGCCGUAGCAGCCAAGUUGACAACGACAGCGGAUCUUUUCCUCGACGCGGAGUUACUGUCAAAAUUCUACUACAUCUUCCCACGGGAGCUUGAUCACCGCCUUGGACGUAGCCUGAGCCAAGAAGAAGUCGACAGGUUUGCGCGGGAAGACCCGAAGAUCAAACGCCACCUCGAUGUUGUACGUAGGAAGGAGCUCCUGGAACAUGUGCUGAAGGAGAUGGAGGGGUUGCGGCAGUUGGAAGCUAGGGAGAAGCGGCAGAUGUCCCGACGUCGGUGGGACGCUUUCAUGGCAUAGAUUGUAUGGUGCUUUGGCGUUUCGAAAAGGUGAUGAUGAUGAUAUGAUGAUAUACCAGGAUAGAAUAUGUGGAGGACUUGCUCGCUGCUCUACUCUGUGUUCUUUGGUGAGGCGUGCCUCGAUGAAUGAAGAGAUG